AUGGCAAGAAUGUCUUCAAUCCCAUCCCUCAUUCUCUUCCUGCCGUCAUUCUCCGCCAUACCACCUCCAUCCUCAUCUUCAUCAUGCCCUUUAGACCUAUCCUACAUCACCACCUACCCAUGGGAUCACUCCCACUGCAUCCCUUCAACCACCAACCCCAACCUCACCAACUGCCGUCAAACUCUCCUCAGCCUCUACGCCAUCGCCCUUGCUCUCCGUCUCCGUUCCACCUCCCAGUUCCGUCUUCCUUCACUCAACUCCUCCAUCUCCUGCCUCUCCACCUUCCAAUCCCAACUCUCCUCCCUUUCCCUCCCGUCCAACCUCAUCUCCACCCACUUCUACUCCCCUUCCUACUUCGUCAUCUCCCCCAACUUCUGCGCCUCAAUCCAAACCAAACAAGACUGGAUCUCCAAGCUCGGCAACUCCACCGCCGUCGACUCCGCCUGCUCCGCCGUCCCCCCUAACCCCACCACUAGCUGCCAGCCUUGCUACCUCGCCGGCGUAAGCGUCUCCUCCAACCUCACCGCCCUUGACGGCAACCGCUCCCAUUCCGAUAACUGUUUCUAUCUCACCGUCCUCUACGCCGCCGGCAUCUCCAACUCCGCCGGCCCACAAAACCCUCUCGUCGCCGCCUGCAUCUUCAGCCUCGACAUCACCCAUUCCUCCCCUUCCCACCGAUCCCAUGCCUUUCUCUACGCCAUCAUCGGCGCCGCUUUCGCCAUCCUCUUCUUGCCCUUCAUCAUCGUGCUUUAUCUCUUCUGGUCACGCCGCUGCAAGACGGCGGCGCCGGCAUUCAAUCAAGAAGAAAACCCCCGUUCUCGACCUCAUCUACGACCAAACACCGGAUCUAUCUGGUUCAAGAUCAGAGAUCUCGAAAAAGCCACCUCCUUCUUCUCCCACCACAACCUCAUCGGCCGCGGUGGCUUCGGCGUCGUCUACAAGGGCAUCCUCUCCGACGGCACUCCGGUGGCCGUGAAGCAAAUCUUAGACUCCGAUUUCGAAGGCGACGAGGAAUUCCGCAACGAGGUUGAGAUCAUCAGCAAUCUCCGCCACCGAAACCUCGUCCCUCUGCGGCUGCUGCAUCACCAACGACCACAACCACCAACGCUACCUCGUCUACGACCUCAUGCCAAACGGUAG